GGUUGAUUUAUGUAAUGAAAAAAAUAGGUUUAAUAUUUCAUGUGUACAUUUUAAAUUAAUUUCCGCCAUUUUCUAGUAAUAUCAAUAGCUAUCUAGCCAAACAACAUUAUGGCCGUACAUUAGUGUAUUUUUUAAUGUUGGGCAACAUUAAAAUGCUGUCAAUGUCAGAUGUCAGUUGUGUUUGUCAUGUUAUUGUCAGUUGGUAAUCAUGGCGGCUGCACUGCUGUCAAAUACAAAAUUCCCUAAUAUUAUUAAAAACCAUGUUAGAUUUAGGAAUUCGUUAUCGUGUAAUAAAUUGAUAAUUUUAAAUAAACCACAGUUAAAUUUAAUAUGUAAACAAUAUGCGGUUACAAGUAAUUUUAGGUUUCACAGCACGCAACCACCAAGCAAUGCUGGAGGCUCAGACGCGGCUAAAAACGUAUUGGCAGUGGUGUUGGCAAACAAAGCAAAAACUGGAAAAAUUCCAGUUGGUAUCCAAAAGAGAGACUGCUUUCACCCAGGUGCCUCUGUUUUGUCCCGAGAAGAUAUAAACCUGGGGGAUGCGAAGCCGGUGUCCGGUGCUGAUAUGAUCAGGGGCAUGCUGGCGUAUAUAUGGCCUCAGGAUAAUGCCGCAAUCCGAAACCGCGUCAUGCUGUCCCUAUCCCUACUCUUCGGCGCGAAGAUAAUGAAUGUCACCGUCCCUUUCCUGUUCAAAUACGCCGUGGAUGAAGUGAACGCGGCCACGGCGACGUCUGGGGACGCCUUGUUAGGGAUGGCGACCGUCCCGCAGGCGUUGGGGACUACCGCUUUCAGUUUACUUCUUGGAUACGGCAUAGCCCGAGCGACGGCCGCCGGCUUCAACGAGCUGCGGAACGCCGUGUUCGCGCGCGUCGCGCAGCACUCCAUCCGCCGCCUCGCCUGCAACGUGUUCACGCACAUACACGACCUGGACCUCAGCUUCCACCUGGGCCGGCAGACCGGCGCUCUAUCCAAGACGAUAGACCGAGGUUCGCGCGCCAUUAACUUCGUGCUUUCAGCCAUGGUGUUUAACAUUGUGCCGACUAUCUUCGAGCUGACGUUGGUGUCUUCAAUUUUGGGGUUGAAAGGAGGCUUAGCGUUCACUGGGCUCGCGUUCGGCUGCGUCGGCGUGUACGCAGCGUUCACGCUCGCGAUCACACAGUGGCGCACGAAGUUCCGAGUGCACAUGAAUAAAGCGGAGAACGAGGCCGGAAACAAGGCCAUCGACUCGCUCAUCAACUACGAGACUGUCAAGUACUUCAACAACGAAAAAUACGAACUGGAGAAAUACGACAAGAGCCUCCAAAAGUACGAGGCCGCGUCCCUCAAGACGGCCUCGAGCCUCGCGGCGCUCAACUUCGGCCAACACGCCAUCUUCAGCGGCGGACUCAGCAUGAUCAUGAUAUUGGCUGCCAACGAAAUCGUUAAAGGCCGCAUGACGGUGGGCGACCUGGUGAUGGUGAACGGGCUGCUGUUCCAGCUGUCCAUCCCGCUCGGCUUCCUGGGCUCCGUGUACCGCGAGGUGCGCCAGGCGCUCAUCGACAUGCAGACCAUGUUCACGCUCAUGACCGUCGAGUCCAGGAUUAAGGAGAAAACCACAGCAGUACCCCUCAAAGUGGACCAGAAGACAGCCACCAUUGAGUUUAGAGACGUCAGUUUCAAGUACAUAAAUGGGAAGCCGAUUUUCAACAAUUUGAGCUUCACCAUCCCCGCCGGCAAGAAGAUCGGUAUCGUCGGAGGCUCGGGCAGUGGUAAGUCAACGAUGGUCCGCCUGUUGUUCCGGUUCUUCGAGCCGCAGUCGGGCGAGAUCCUCGUGGCCGGACAGAACAUCCGGGACGUCGACCUGCACAGCCUGCGGAGGGCCGUCGCCAUCGUGCCUCAGGACUGUGUGUUAUUCCACGACACGAUUUUGCAUAACUUACACUACGGCGACCUCUCGCGGCCCGUAGAGGAGGUGUACAAGGCGAGCCAGAUGGCCGAGCUGCACGAGUCCGUUAAAACGUGGCCCAAGGGCUACGAUACACAAGUGGGCGAGCGCGGACUGAAGUUAUCGGGAGGAGAGAAACAGCGAGUCGCCAUCGCCCGAGCCAUACUCAAGGACUCGCCUAUAAUAGUGUUCGACGAGGCCACGUCCAGUCUUGACUCGCUUACUGAACAUGCAAUCCUGCAAGCCCUCAAAGCGGCCACGGUGGGCCGCACGUCCAUCUGCAUCGCGCACCGCCUGUCCACCGUCGCCGACGCCGACGAGAUCCUCGUGCUGGAGAACGGCGCCGUCACGGACAGAGGGAAACACGAUGACCUCAUAGCCAAGAGUGGUUCCCUCUACUCGCGGCUGUGGGAGAAACAAAACAGAGAAAUCAAAUGAGCUACAGACACGAAGAAGUAUAGACAAAUCAUUGACAAUACGAUACCGUUAGCAUCAGAUGUGUUCCAAUCAUAGACAAAAGUAUUCCUUUGAAUAUGGUUUUGAUGACGAGUUCAUACGAUUUUUUUAUGGAACUCGUGGUUUCCUUUAAAGACCUUAUUGGAAUGUAAUAAGGAUUGUACAGCGACUUAUUGCAAAUAAGGUUCCCUGAAUGAAGAAAUAUCCUGUUUUGUACAUAUUAUUAUUAUACUGAUCAAGGUUUGUUUCUUUGGAUUUGGCGUAUCUAAUGAUAUAUUGUUUUUUAACGAUGGCAGCGCCAUCAUGCGCGUUUAGCCUUUUAUGAUUUAAUUGUAAUUAAGAAUGUAUGUGCCUGGUGCACUCAUGAUUAAUACUUGAGUAGUAUAAAUUAGUAUUAUUUAGGUAUGUGUUGUACCAUGCAAUGUAUAUUAUGUAAAUGUCAGGUUUUAGACUACGAAAUAAAAAUUCUAAAAUGUGUAAAUUUUACCCAGAGUCCCCAGCAAGCUCGGCUGAAUUUCACCUUCCCAUACAAACGGAGAUUCAUUCUCAUUUUAAAACCACGUGUUGGAUUAUAAUGAAACUUUGCACAUAUAAUGGCAUGAGGUAUAUCUAGAGCUGAAAUUAGUUUAUAUUGCUCUACCUUAUAAAAGAAACGAAAUAGAGCAAAAACAAGUUUUGUAUGAAAAUCUUAAAUUUGCUGUAUUUUUUUAACUAUGGCAUCUGAGGCUACAUAACCUUUUAUCCUAUUGUAAGUACAAAGUUUCAGAGCAAUCUAACUAGUCGUUUUAAAUUGAGAGCGUAACUACGUUUGUAUGGAGAACCGAGCUUGCUGGGGACCCUUAAGCUCAGUUGUUAUUACAAAUCGUUAUUUGACCGACUAACCAAGAAGAUUUAACCUUUUGACCGUCAAAAACGUCAUGACGCGCGCGUUGCGCGCGCGGCUACAGCCCAAUAUCAACCUUCAUGCGUACCGACAAGGUUCACGAUUACGCGCCGCGUGCAAUAGGCGUGGCGUUCAAAAGGUUAAAUGUGUCUGUAAACAAUCGAAAGUUACACGUUAUUAAGUGUUAUUACUGUUGUAAAUUUUAGACCAUAAAACACGUAAUAUGUACAGUUGAUUAAGUAUAUUAUUUUGUUUA